CUACGGCAAUAAAAAAAGAGAUGGAUCAAAAAAUGUUGUCGAGCAGAUGUUUGCUUUUAUAAUCGAAAUACAGUAUCCUCUGAACUCAAGAAAAAAACUUUAACUCAACAUUGCACGCAUGUAUGCCAUUUUGUACCCAAGGAAGGGCUUCUUUAUUCAAGAAAUCCAGACUGUUAGAAAAACGAGCCACAAGAGGUUUCUAAUCCAUCAAGAUGAUCAACAACGAUGUGGACAGCAUAAAACUGCAAAAGAAAGGAUAAAGCAUUCCAGGGAUCUAUUGAGAAGGAAUCCAACACUCUUCUGUUUAGGCUAUCUUCCAGCUCGAUAUGUCCUUUCUUUCCUUCUGAUAUGGGCAAAAUGUCUGGAAUAUGCUCAGAGGGUGUGCCUGAGCGUGACGAUUGUCGCGAUGAUCAACCACACGGCCCUUGACGCCGGCACAAAUGACUCAACUUCUGCAGAUGAUACGUGCGAUGUGCCCCAAGGAAUCAACGUCACAACGCCAGAAGAGGAGGGUGAUUUUGUGUGGUCACCAUCCACUCAAGGCAUCAUCCUUGGAGCAUAUUUUUACGGCUAUGUGUGCACACAAGUGGUUGGAGGCCGUUUUGCAGAAGUCUUUGGUGGCAAAUGGGUGCUAGGACUCUCCAUUCUGAUAGCGUCAUUCUUAACACUCGGCACACCUAUUGCUGCCGAUAUAGGUGUCGCUGCAAUGGUUGUUAUCCGUGCGAUGAUGGGAAUGAUUCAUGGUGUUUGCAUGCCCACAGCAUUCGCCUUGUUCGGCCACUGGGCACCGGUGGAAGAGAGGAGCACUCUCAUAGCUCUUUGUGUGGUCGGAGAUAACAUUGGAACUAUCCUCACCAUGCCUCUGACGGGUUACCUCUGCCAGUAUGGAUUUGCGGGAGGUUGGCCGUCUGUCUACUACAUACUUGGUAUAGUUGGAUUUGUGUGGUUCUUCUUCUGGUUCUUCCUUGCAUACAACAGGCCAUCCGAACAUCCAAGAAUAUCGAGGAUAGAAAUCGAUUAUAUUCAGAAGGGACAAAUUCAAUUUGCGGAGGAACAAAAGCUACCAGUCCCAUGGAAGAAAGCUCUCACCAGUAUGCCGGUAUGGACGGUGGCAAUCGUUUCGUUUUGUUCUACGUGGGGUUUCAUCACUUUAUUGACAAAACUACCAACAUAUUUAGAAGUAGUACUUCAUGUACCAAUUCAAAAGAAUGGGCUUGUCAACUCUCUUGUUUAUGCAAGCAUAUGUAUCACACUUUUCUUAUCCAGUUACCUGUCAGAUUACCUGCGAACAAUUAAGCAUAUGAAUUCGACUAAAGUGAGGAAGGGUUUUGAAUUUAUAGCACUGGUGGGCCCAGCCGUGUGUACUGGCCUUAUACCUGUUGCGAGAUGUGAUAGAAUUUCUGUGAUAGCACUUUUGACUCUAGCAAUGGCAUUCCUCGGUUUCGCCGGAGGAGGCCAUGUUUCGAUUGUAGCCGAUAUGGCGCCGCAUCAUUCAGCAUCAAUUUUUGGGUUUGUCAACACUGUUGGUUGUGUAGCAGGUAUAAUUUCACCUAUGGCAGCUGGAUUUUUACUUGAUAAUGCACAUGCCAGUGUUGAACAAUGGAGUAUAGUGUAUUAUAUUUCAUCCGGAUUUUAUCUUUUGGGUGCCAUUAUAUUCACCAUAUGGGGCUCAGCAGAGAGGCAGUCUUGGGCACAGAGUACCUAUUCAGAUAAACUUUUGAGCAUUCCUUAUCUACAAAGUGAGAAGCUGCCUUCUAUUGCUAACUCUGAUUGUGAAAAGAAAUAUGGAAGCAUUCCUUGAUGGUGGACUUUACAUAGGCAACAUUAGUUCAGCAACAAGCAAAAAAACAAACUAUACUUGUUUAGGUAUUAAAAUGUUGGCAGAAACCGAAACAAAAACAAAGCAAGUUUUAUUUAAAUCUGUUUAAGAAUAAUCAGUAAUUAGCAACUCAACUUAAAAAAUAAUAAUCAAUAGUUUUUUACUUUUUAAAGAAAUAUUUUAAGAAAUUUAACUGAAAAUAUUUAUUUUCUAAAAUCAGACAUUUAAAUAAAGACAACAUAUUAUACCAUAAAUAUGUAAAUAUUCAUAAUAUCUGUAUUCAUUUGAGUUUUCAACUGCGAGUCUUUUUUUAUUCUGUUUUCCUCAUUUUGUAUAUUUAUAUCACUGUUUUGUAGAUAUUUCAUUCUUUUCUUCUGUACAUAUAUAUUGUGACAUGUUUAAAUGUUUUUAAAUAAAAAUGAAUAUUUACUACCAGAA